ACGCGAGAAAUUCUUAACGUAAUGGUGGAUGCUCCCCAUGCAUCUUAAGUCAAGCCACUGGAAGAUUGUCUUCAUUAAAUGGCCUGCAUUAUAUGAGCAGUUUUAGAUUAUAAGUGUUCGAUGUUUAAACACUUUAUAACAACACUACUGUCAGUGGAUGAUGAAACUAAACACCAAUACAACAAAGCUGUGAUCGUUCGAUCUAAGGAACGGUUCCACAACUGGACGUUUUUUUGUGGCCUCAAAAUAGAUUCCUUUUGCUCAUCCACCUGUGCUUUGACAAUCCUCCAUGAUAAACGUUAACCUAAAUUUUGUUAUUAUUUUAUUUACCUCUAAUAUAGUUGAUUUAGCAAUUCCUACAAGGAAUUAGUACAGCAAAAGUAGAUCAUGUGCAAGUAGUGCACCUGGUACAGCAAUACCUAAUUUGUCUCAUCUUGUGAGUAGACAUUAAUUUAUCCUAAGUCGUCUGGCAAUCCUAUUUGCGGCUCCAAUCUUAGGAUAUUCAGAGAUAAGCUAUUAACUAAUCUCCAAAGACCGACAAUUAAAUGCAUUUAAUGUAUGACUCAUGCCCAGUAAAACUACAAUGCACAAAAGAAUAGAUGUAUUUUGAACUUUCUGGUACAGUUGAGGGGCUCCUCACAGUAGAACUGCUGAUUUGGAAAUAAUACUUUUGUUGUCAGUUUAUGCUGCUCCUUCACUGAACUUCCAAACGUUGGCAGCAGGAUGUCUGCCAGUAUUUUACAGAAUGUUACAAGGAGCUAUUCUUGGAAUGUUACUAGUCUCUGUGGUGAAGAAGGACUGGAGGUUUGGAAUGCUGGAAGGAACGACAUUGGACUUUGCUUUCAGCAGCUUUUUUUGGAUAUACCAGUUUUAGCUCUUUUAGCGCUCUGUUCAAGCUAUUAUAUAGGAAGGGGGGAUCGUUUGGUGGCUAGGGGAAGGCCCCAACUUCUAGCCAUAUAUUUGCGUUGUUUGUUGACUCUAAUAUUAGCAUGUUUGCCCUUGUUGCAAAUAUAUGUGUUCAGAUAUAAAACAUUGGAAAAUAUACCUCAGAUUGCUUAUUUUCUGAGCGCCGUCCAGGGAUUUGCAUGGUUGGUCCAUUUCUUCUACAAUGUGAGCUUGAGGACCAAAUUGGGCAAAAGUCCUCGAGGGCCCAUGAUAAUAUGUGUCUUAUGGUCCCUAAUACUCGUUUUAACGGUCAUUUCUAUGAGGAGCCAUUUACUGGUUUUAAAAAACGAUCCACAUCCCGUAUACAGCAAGUUCUUAGCGUACGGAAUGAGCGUGUGUUAUUUGAUAAUCCAACUUUUUUACGCUCUAUCUUUAAUACCAGGCGAGGGACAUACAACUGAGCUAAAUUUCCUUAAUACUUACACGGAGAUAGGAGAAAAUCAACCGCUUUUACAUGGCAGUGCGUAUGGUCGAUUUCAUGAAGAUGGAGAUCCCCAAUAUUUGGGAAUUGCAAUGGAGAAUGUAACAUGGUUGUCGAAAUUGUUAUUUGCAUGGGUGGAACCGUUGAUGCAGAAGGGCGUACAAGGGCGCUUAAAAACGGCCGACGAUUUGUAUGAUUUGCCUCUAUCUUUAAACUGUACCGCAAUUAUUGGCAAAUUAGACAGGGCGUUAGGGAAAGAUAUCCCAACUAGAACAAACAUUCAACGAACUGAUGAUAGCAUACAAGAGUUGCAACUUGUAGUAGAAGAAGUCGAGGUGCAGAGGCGCGAUUUUAAAUUGUUUAAGGCACUACAUAAGGUGUUUUGGAAGGAGUUUUACAGUGUAGGAAUUCUGAGACUUAUUGCUGAUUUGGCCGGGUUUGCUGGCCCAAUGCUUUUAAACAGGUUGAUUAACUUUAUUGAAGAUAAAAAAGAGAAUAUUUCAUGGGGCUAUUUAUACGCUGCUGGACUGUUGAGCACUGCUUUAAUUGGGGCUUUAUGUGACUGCCAUUUCAAUUUCCUGAUCGCCAAAGUGGGCUACCGCAUGAGAUCCUCAAUAGUGACUCUCAUUUACAAGAAAACACUGAGUGUGAACGCCGCUACAUUAAAUAGCCGAUUUUCAAUUGGCGAGAUAGUGAACUUCAUGUCCACUGAUACUGAUCGAAUAGUGAAUUCCUGUCCCAGUUUCCACUCACUUUGGAGCAUCCCGUUCCAGCUUGUAGUCACUUUGUAUCUGCUCUACAGCCAAGUGGGCCUGGCUUUCCUAGCUGGUGUAAUUUUCAGUGUGAUCUUAAUCCCCAUAAACAAAAUGAUCGCAAGCAAGAUCGGAGAUUUGAGCACGAAAUUAAUGCAGGAAAAAGAUGGAAGGGUGAAACUAAUCACCGAAGUUCUGCGGGGCAUUCGAGCUGUUAAGCUUUAUGUGUGGGAGGCACACUUUGUGCGGCAGAUAUCGCGUAUCAGGUCCCAAGAACUCAAGUACCUGAAGGGCAGGAAAUAUCUGGACGCGUUUUGCGUCUACUUUUGGGCAACAACGCCCGUAGUUAUCUGCAUCCUAAUAUUUGUUACUUAUGUGCUGAUGGGCAACAAAUUAACUGCAGCAACAGUAUUCACAUCAGUAGCUUUACUCAAUAUGCUCAUUUCCCCACUCAACGCUUUUCCGUGGGUGCUCAACGGUAUGAUGGAGGCAUGGGUGUCGAUUAAGAGGAUUCAAGCCUUGCUCCAGGUUCCAGAUUUGGAUCUUCACGCUUACUAUUCGCCUCUUCCGGAUAGUUCGUACGACGUCGUCUUGAGGGAGGCCGGGUUCAAUUAUGGCAAAGACCUUACGGCAGAGGAAAGAGUGAAGCUUCACGGAAGACCCCCGCAGAAAUCUUUAAAAGGAAAAGGCAAUGGGAAAAAUAAAAGUGUUAGCAAGCAAGUGGCCUUUGCUAGUCCUGGUACCAGCAGCAGCAGCCAUGAAGCUGAUCGGUUUUAUUUAAAGGGGCUCAAUUUGAAAAUUAGAAAGGGUGAAUUUAUCGGCAUAAUGGGUCCGGUCGGAUGUGGCAAAUCGUCGAUAUUGUCUGCUAUUCUGGCUGAACUCUCCAUGCACUCCGGCGAGAUUUCAAUCAGCCAAAUUGACUCAGGCUUUGGAUAUGUAGCUCAACAGCCCUGGCUACAGCGCGGCACCUUACGCGACAACAUUCUGUUUGGAAAAGCUUUUGAUGAAAGCCGGUACACAGAAGUACUUUUUGCAUGUGGAUUACUCGAUGAUAUCAGCAAUUUGCCCAAUGGAGAACUGACCGGAAUUGGUGAAAGUGGAAUGACGCUCUCUGGAGGCCAAAAGUCGCGAGUGGCUCUAGCCAGAGCUGUUUACCAAGAUAAAUCAGUGUACUUGCUGGAUGACAUCGUUUCGGCUGUAGAUCGCAAUGUGGCCAAACACAUAUUUCAACAUUGCAUCUUGGGGCUGCUGAAGGAAAAAACCCGGAUUUUGUGCACCCACCAUGUGGAGUUUUUGGUAUAUGCUGACCGGAUUGCUGUUUUAGAAAACGGAUUGAUUAAAAAACUAGGCAAACCACCCCAGAUUCUUCAAGAUGUUGAUGACAACAUGGCUCUGGACUUGGAGCUGGGCGAAAGCAUUCGCCUAUCUCAAUCUGGUUCACUGUUGGAAAGUGCAAGUCUGUCACCAAAUGAACUGCAAAAAACCGAUUCAGACAGUGUAUUGAAUAUGGAAGUGAGUGAGGCCGGAAGUCUCAAGUUUGGAGUGUUUGCUUCUUACUGGAAAUCUGUAGGACAUUUGCUGUGUGUAGCAAUUCUCUUCGCUAUAGUGUUAAUGCAGAUAUCCAGGAAUAUUACGGACUUAUGGCUAGCCGAGUGGGUAAACAAUGGGCAUACCAAUGGCAGUACCAAUGUGUCGAUUAUAGACGCUCAUCGUCUCUAUGUUGCAGCUGAUUCAACACGUUCGUUUUUGACUCUCUACGUUGGAUUGGCCGCAGUGAAUAAUGUUUUUGCUCUGGUAAGAGCUUUCCUGUUUGCCUAUGGCGGUGUAGUGGCAGCUUCGAGAUUUCACAAGCUCCUCUUAAAGUCAGUGAUCAAGGCCAAGUCGUCAUUUUUCGAUAUCACCCCCCUGGGUAGAAUCUUAAACAGAUUUUCCAGCGACACUUACACAGUCGACGACUCGUUGCCGUUUAUACUCAACAUUUUACUGGCGCAAUUUUUCGGAUUAUUAGGUUCAAUUGGCAUAACCGUAUACGGUCUUCCAUGGAUUUGCCUGUUUUUGGUUCCUCUAAUCCCAAUUUAUCACUGGCUUCAAAACUAUUAUCGACUAACAUCCCGAGAAUUAAAGCGCAUUUCUAGCGUUUCACUUUCCCCGGUGUACAGUCAUUUCAAUGAAACUCUACAAGGCCUUGCAACGAUCAAUGCCAUGAGGGCUAAGCAACGAUUCAAAAGGGAAAAUCAGGAGCAUGUGGACGCGAACAUUAAAGCGCAAUUUGCCUCUCAAGUAGCUAUCCGAUGGCUGGGGCUGCGAUUGCAAUUUAUCGGCGUCGCUAUUGUUGCGGGGGUCAGUUUUAUUGCGGUGAUUCAGCAUCAGUAUGCUGUGGCUAAUGCAGGUUUUAUUGGGCUUGCUCUAUCCUACGCCCUAUCCGUGACCAGUCUUCUGAGCGGAGUUGUUAACGCUUUCACUGAAACUGAAAGGGAGCUGAUUGCUGUGGAGAGGGUCAAUCAGUACAUUAAUGAAAUACCAUUAGAGGCUGCUCAUUAUAUGACGGAACCUCCCUUCGGCUGGCCUAGUCAAGGGGUGGUUAGCUUUGAUAACGUUUAUUUAAGAUACAGGGAGCAUUUGCAGCCUUCGGUAAAGGGCCUCAGCUUCGAGACAAGAUCUUCGGAGAAGAUCGGUAUAAUUGGACGAACCGGAUCGGGAAAGUCUUCCAUCAUAUUGGGCCUGUUUCGGAUGGUGGACAUAUCCAAAGGCGAGAUUUGCGUCGAUUCAGUCAACAUAUCCAAAAUAUCAUUACCGACUUUAAGAUCUCGCCUUUACUGCAUCCCGCAGGAUCCAUUUUUGUUUAGCGGCACGAUGCGAGAGAAUCUGGAUCCGUUGGGCGAGUUUCGCGAUAACGAGAUUUGGAGCGCUCUAUCCAAAGUCAAUUUGGAAGGCACAAUCAAAAGUCUGGGUGGAUUGAACAAUGUCGUGGAGGGAGGCGGCUCUAACUUUUCGGUUGGGCAAAGACAGCUGGUGUGCUUGGCUAGAGCAGUAUUGCAUAAUCCCAAGAUUUUGUGCAUCGAUGAAGCGACUGCAAACGUGGACCAAGACACUGAUCGUCAAAUCCAGCUGACUUUACGCUCAGCCUUCAGAAAAAGUACUGUGAUAACGAUUGCACACAGAAUCCAAACAAUUAUGGACUCAGACAGGGUGCUGGUGAUGCAGGAGGGCGAAAUGAUCGAAUUUGAUAGUCCGGAAAACCUAUUAAACGACCCUCAGAGCCAUUUUUCCAGGCUGGUUAAUCAAGAUUCGUGAUUCCGGAAAGCCCUUUAUUAAUAUUUAUUUUUCUCUUUCUUACAUUCGCAUAUAUAGAUCUACAACUAAUUAGCUUUUUAAGAAUAAAUUUGUUCAAUUUUUCAUCGCCUAUUUUGACGGAAAAACUCAAGAUUCUAAAAAAGUUAAAGUUUCGGAUCUGGUAAAUAGUUAAUACGAUUUUUCAUGAUAUCGACAUUCUCUCUUGUGCUGUACAACACAUGUUGCGUUCUAUGAAUCAACAUUUAUUUGAUUAUACGCGCACUAUAUAGAGAAUAAUAAAAAUAAAUAUUCUAGUUUUCCCACACCGAUCUUCAUUGAUUUUAUUAUAGGUUGUUCUUGAAAGAAGCCCAGUAUUAAGAAAGUUAUAGCUGUACAGUUCAUAAACUUUGUAAAAUUAUCAUACAUUAUUAAGAAAUGUUAAACUUACACAUUCUAAUAUAUUAUAAUUACUA